GAGUGGGCAGUGCGGGCGGGACUUGGAGGGGUGGGGGCUGAGGCUACGGACCGGCAUCUAAGGCGGCCGAAACGUCAGCUCGACCCCGGAAGUAGGCUGAAGCGCUGCGGCGGGCGGCGAGCGGCGGCGGGGGCUCAGAUAGCAGCAGCAGCAGCAGCAGCAGCAGCAGCAGCAGCAGCAGCAGCAGCAGCAGCAGCAGCAGCAGCAAUGUUCCACUUCUUCAGAAAGCCUGCGGAAUCUAAAAAGCCCUCGGUACCAGAGACAGAAGCGGAUGGCUUUGUCCUCUUAGGAGAUACAACAAAUGAGAUGAGACGUAAACCUCCCGAAGUAGAAAGCAGCCAGUCUUCAGAGACCAGCAAAGAAGACACAUCCAGUGUGACUGUAUCAGGCCCUGAGACAGGAAAUGAGGUGGGCCAGCCUCUGGAGAAGAACUCACUAGCAGCUGAGCUUCUAAGUGACGUGCCCUUCACCUUGGCGCCACACGUGCUGGCAGUGCAGGGCACCGUCAGUGACCUUCCUGAACACUUACUCUCCUACGACGCUGGCGACAACUUGUCCCGGUUCUGGUAUGAUUUCACACUUGAAAAUUCAGUACUCUGCGACUCGUAGCCUUUUGGUCUGCGCAUACCUUUACAGCUUUAAAGAAAAAAAAAGUUUGUCUAUUUUAUUAAAACUGUUUGAUGUUCUUUGUCAUUUCACUCUUGAAGGCCUUGAUACAAGCAAGGAUCACAAAAUAAAUAAAAUAGCAUCAUGUUUGUGGUUUUAUUCUGCAGAAUAAUUUAAAUUUAUAUAAAAAUUGAAGUCAACAACUUAAUGAAUGGAACUGGCUUUGGGAAAAAAAAUAAAUUCCGACUACUUGUGUUUUCCCACGUGACAGAGAGAAAAAUGAAGUUUGAGAUUAUAUUGAGAGGUGCGGGGUGUUUUUGGUGUCCCUGAAGACACAACACUGAAAAAGAAACAAGGCUUUACCAAGCCUCCACACUCUGAGGCUAGAGUGAGUGUGAAGGUCAUCUGCGCUCAGUGGAGGUUGUCAUGUUACUCCCUGACUUACUACCAGUCUUCAUGAGUGAGGUCACAAGAAAGCUUCCACUUAGCUUAAUUUUUUUCAGUGUCAAUUUAGACAAACAGAUAGGGAAAUUUGAAACUUCUCCAGUGAGUCUUUGCUGAUUCAAGAAUAAGGGAACACUUUGGUUUUCUUUGACCUAUGUGGCGCUCUCCAACCUCCCGAAGGAUUGCUGUGUUCCUUCUUCAUUCUUUUCUCAUCCCUUCUGGGUGGGGUUGAACCAACUUAAAAGAACUAUCCACACUUCUUCCUCAGUUGGUUUGUUGUCCUUACCACAUAUUUCCCGUUUAUGAGCUCUGCAUUUCCUUUUACCUCCUCUGCUUCCUACUGAAAACGUCUCAUGAUGAUACAUAUCACUGCUGAUAAGACCUGUUUAGAAAUCUGUUGGCCACAGUACAGAUGGCAGUGUUUUACUGAUAAACACACUCAGGUUCUCUACUUUCCAAUUAGUUGCAGACAGACACCAAGUAAGACUUUCAGUUCUGGAAUAUUCAUUAUUUAUUCUAAAUAAAACUAAGCAGGACUGCCAUUGGUUAAUAAACUACAAAGGAACUUGGUAAAUAGUAAUAAGGGAGUUUCUAUGCCAUGAAAAUUUUAAGUCAAUUCUUUUGAUUGGUUAUAAUUUAUUCUGUGCCAAAGCUUUAAGUAUAUUUUUUUACAAAGAGUAUCAGAAGAAAAACUAAACAUUGUGCAGAAAGUAUAGGAAUUAUUCUAAUUUUAAUAUACUUUGCAUGUUCGUUUAAUAAUUGUAGUGUGGUCUUGUUAAAAAGUACUGUGUUGUUUAAACUUAAAGGAACAUUUGUACUGAUAAUGUACUUCAUUUAAUGAUUAAACUAGGUCUUUACAGAGUUUUCAUAAAACAUCUAUGUAGGAAAUAUGCCUUAGUGACACAAAUGUGAACAUUUUGUAGCACGUUUUGUGAUGGUACAUCCAUUUCAACUAUCCAUGUUAAUGUAUUUUCAAAACUGAAUGUGAAGAGGUUGUUCUUUUGUGUAAAAUAUGUGAAAAUCUAUAUAAUUAUACAUUUCAUGUAUAUUUAUGUCUAUACUAUGUUAUAAGUGAGCUGAUAAGUGCUGUUUGUCUAAAGUUGUAUUUUAACAAUGUGAAUUGAAAUAAAUGUUUUGAUUUUGUUUAG